AUGCAGAGCGCGUGGAGCCGACGCGGCGUGGCCCGCGCCCUGGUGCUGGCCGGCCUCUGGCUGGCCUCGGCCGGGGGGCCCCUGGGCCUCUCGGACGCCGGGCCGCACGUGCACUACGGCUGGGGCGAGUCCGUCCGCCUGCGCCACCUGUACACCUCCGGCCCGCACGGCCCGGCCAGCUGCUUCCUGCGCGUCCGCGCCACCGGCGCCGUGGACUGCGCGCGGGGCCGGAGCGCGCACAGUCUGAUGGAAAUCCGGGCCGUCGCCUUGCGGAAAGUGGCCAUCAAGGGCGUGCACAGCGGCCUGUACCUCUGCAUGGGGGCCGACGGCAGGAUGCUGGGGCUGCCUCAGUUCUCGCCCGAGGACUGUGCCUUUGAGGAGGAGAUCCGCCCCGACGGCUACAACGUGUACCGGUCCCAGAAGCACCAGCUGCCCGUCUCGCUGAGCAGCGCCCGGCAGAGGCAGCUGUUCAAACCCCGGGGCUUCCUGCCCAUGUCCCACUUCCUGCCCAUGCUGCCCAGCAGCCCCGUGGAGCCCCAGCGCCGCGAGGGCCCCGGGGAGCGGGGCGCCUUUUCCUCGCCCCUGGAAACCGACAGCAUGGACCCUUUCGGGAUUGCCAGCAGCCUGCGGCUGGUGAAGAGCCCCAGCUUCCAGAAAUAA